AUGUUCUGUAACCAGGAGGUCUAUAGUGCAGCCCCGAUUAACACUCCACUUUCUCGAGUUUACGUAUUCGGAAAACUGGUUUAUAUUCGACAGCCGUUCAUGAUUCCACAACGAAACAUCUCAUUCGCUGCGAGAAGCUCGAAAUUCGGCCCAGGACCAUUGGAUGACGAUUUUGACCGGAUUUUAUCACGAAAAGAUUUGUUUGAAGGACGAAGAGAACGCAAAUCGUAUAUUGAAGGGGCUUAUUUUAAGCCAUCAUAUUCUAAAAUGCCUGAAAGUUAUGCGCAACAUCCCGAACCCAAAUUGAGAUAUCCAUUGAAACAAUGCUAUACGGAAGAAACUGGAUACAUGUGCUGCAACAAGAAUCUAGAAAAUGUGAUGAAAGAUACAGUCGAGGAAAUGAUUCGAAAUAAAUGGAAGUCGUGCAAUAUUCAACAAAUGGCUAACCUUUUACAGCAAAAAUGUCAAGACGCUUUUGGUACUGAUUUCGAGACAAUCGCGGGAGUUGGCGAUUUUGCUUCAAAAAUUCAUUUCUAUUCAGAUUAUGUGUGCAAAAUGGAACGACAAGGAAGAGUUCUUUUGGCGUAUGCAACCCCCAAUCGACACAACAAUCCAAAUGCACCAUAUCAUGUAACUCUCUAA